CAGCUGCCUUACCUUGUCAAGCAACCAGUUUUUCUCCAUUUACAAGAAAUACGUUUUACUAUUAAUUAAAAUGGUUAUCGAAAAUCAUUUACAAGCAAUAAUUCCAGGCAGUCAGGCAGUAUAUGUGAACUGACCUUGGAAGAACCACUGCAACCUGUGUGAAUCCCAAAGGGCAGCAAUGGCUCAUCACUCAAAGGUUCCUUUAAGGGAAGCCCCAGAUGGAGGAUGGGGCUGGAUGGUUGUGAUCAGCUGCUUCUUGGUGACCAUCUGCACAAGGGCAGUGUCCAGGUGCUUCUCCAUAUUUUUUGUGGAGUUCCAGAAUUAUUUUGCUCAGGAUUAUGCAAUGACGGCAUGGAUACACUCCACUGUCGACUGCACUACAAUGGUGUGUGCUCCUAUUGGGAGUAUUAUUAGUAAUCGUUAUUCUACCAGAGUGGCUGUAAUUAUUGGAGGAAUAUUGGCUAGUGGUGGCCUCAUUCUCAGUUCAUUCGCAACUUGCCUGGAGUAUCUGUAUUUGUCGCUGGGAGUCCUGACUGGUUGUGGAUAUGCUUUAGCUUAUUCUCCUGCCAUAGCAAUUGUGGGAAAGUACUUCAGUAACAGAAAGCCAUGGCGUAUGGGUUUGGCCAUGUCAGGAAGUGGAAUUGCUUUCAUUUUAGCUCCAGUGGUUCAGCUGCUGAUUGAAGAGUACUCUUGGCGUGGGGCACUACUCAUCCUUGGAGGCCUUGUAGCUAAUAUUUGUGUCUGCGGUGCUCUGCUGCGACCCCUUGCACUUGUAGAGGAUCUGUCUAUUCUACCAUUAGGAGUAUUGCAAGCAGAAAUACUUCUGAGGAAUGCAGCUACAAAGUACAACGUGAAGAUCCUCCACUGCCCUGCCAUUCUGUGGAUCCAAACUCUAUCAGAAAAGAUUAUAAUAAAAAGCAACUCUGUAACUGCUGCCCAUCAUACAAAGAAUAUGCCUUCCUGAAGCCAGACUUCCUUGUAUUUGCUGUAUCACUGCUGUUCUUAGCCUAUGGUUGCAGUACUCCUUUUGUACAUCUUGUACCAUACGCCGUAAGCGCUGGGUCAGCCAGCAGCAAGCAGCCUUCUUAAUGUCAAUCCUUGGCAUUGUAGACAUUGUUGGAAACAUCUCAUUUGGCUGGCUAACGGAUAGAAGGUGGUUGAAGAAGCACCGCAAGUUACUGUUACAUUUUAACCAUUGGGCUGGAUUGCCUCUCCUCCCUGUUCAUUCCUAUUCUGAGAUCUUUUCCACUCCUUGUUCCCUAUGCAGUACUUUAUGGAUACUUUGAUGGGGCAUAUGUUUCUCUCAUCCAGUAGUAACAUCAGAUAUAGCAGGAAAUGCUUUUCCUCUCCUCUGCUCUGGGAAUAGUAUAUUUUAUCCAUGGGAUACCCUAUCUUAUUGGCCCACCAAUA